AUGGCUAACGGGCAGAAGCCUGCGCGGGACGAACUCAAGAACCUCCAAGAAGAUCUCGGCCCCUAUUACCAGAUUCCCCUAAAGCCCAGGCGAAGCGGUACUCACUCAAGGGAGAAUAGCUUUCAAGAGUCUCUGCGCCAGUCCUCCAACACGCCGGAGCCGAAACGAUCAGGCUCGAAGCGACAGGAUCCUUCGAGCAGAGAUUCGACCCCAAACCGCCCGACCAAGUCGAGAACCAAGAACCAUAGUCGAGAUAUUACGUCGGACGUGGGCACGCCAAAGAGGUCACCGAGAAGUGAACAUAAUACCCCGCGGCCGGAGUCGGUGAAGCCGGAACGCCACAACCGCGAGAUGUCGCAACGAAACAGAAGCGGACGGGCGUCCAACCGCAACAACGGUAAUUCACACGGAGAGGAAGUACAGAUCUGGGAGCUGUGCAAGAGUCAAGUGGGGGAGAUUGUCUCUGGAAUCAAUGCAGAGAAUGACAGUCUUACCGAACUCGUCACGAUGGAUAAACAAGUCGGUACGAUGGACUUGGAGAAGAUUCCAAGUGACUCGUUGAAAGAGAUGGAACAGCUAUGUCGGACAGGGGUUAAGCACUCGGAGGCUAACAUGUCAGCACUCAAAAAUACUAUCGAGCAGCUUAAAGUGUUGCGCGCCGUGGUGCACGCUAAGGAACAGCAGGAUGCUCAAGCAGCGGGGCCUGGUAAGAGGAAUGCUCGAGAUAGCGCGGCGGCAGCAUCUUCGCUCUAUGACUUUGACGGGGCUGGUGAUUCCCCUGUACCGAGUCCGAUUGGAGGAUCAGCAAGAAAAUAUGGCGAUCGAGCGAGAGAACGGGAACGAGAACGCGAGAGGGAAAGAGAACGAGAUCGUGACAGCAUGCCCCCAAAGGCCGAUAGCGUCGAGCCUCAGGGGUCAGUUGGAAGCGGUGUCGGAUCAGGGAAUAACAAGUCCAAAGUUGUUUUCUCAAAAGGCGACGCAGUUGCAUUCAAGCCCAAAGCAUUGAAUGGGGAUACAACAUCAGACUGGAUACUUGGUGAGGUCGCGCAGGUGAUGGGUGAAGGCAAAAGCCGACGAUACAAGGUCCUCGAUAUAGAACCCGAGGACCAGAGUAAACAGAAGGAGUACCGAUCAAGUGCCAGCAGCAUGAUUCCCAUCACACCCGAGAGUCAAGCGUCGACGUUGAAGGAUUGGGAAUCAGGCAAGGUGGUGCUAGCGCUGUAUCCUAACACGACCACGUUCUACAAGGCGGAGGUCCAUAGCAUGGACAGCGACGGCAAGGUCAAUCUCAAGUUUGAGGGGGAGAACGACUCUUCAACACUACAACAGGUGGAGAGGAGGUUGCUACCGGGAGAUAUGUGCUAG